AUGGUGUCCUCUUUUAUCAAGUCGGCUACAAUGGCUGUCGUCAUGCUGGCUUCCACCACCGGAGCGCACAAUAUAAUGACGAAACCGAUGCCAACUUGGCCCGAUUCGGUCACCAGCAAAAACAAUCCUUCCGGUCAUAUUGAUCCUAAAAUGUUGCCGCCUCCGAACGGCAAAGCCUACACUACCGAAGUGGGAGUUUACAUGGACAUGUUCUGGACAACAUUCAAUGCCAGCUCAUACAAGUCGUUAAGGGAAUUUAUAUGGAAAGUCGAGAUUCUCGAGAAAGGUGCUUCCAAAGAGUGCGGCUAUUCCGUGGUGGAUGGCACGUUACAAGACCUCCCUGAUAUGAUUCAAUGGGACUUCUUCACGUUUGGCCACAAGGGACCGUUGGUUUGUUAUUGUGAUGAUACGAUCGUGAUACAGAGCAAGAACGCUGCCGAGGAGUUUCCGGAAAACCCUGCCAACGUGCCGUACGACAAGGCGAAAUGCACAGGUGCUUCCAUGCUAACGUGUCACUGGCUUUCCUUGCACGCGAUACCGUGGCAGGUGUACACGAAUUGCGCUUCUCUGAAUGGCGCUAAGCCAUCCACCAAACCAAAAGUGAGCACCCCCGCAAGUAGCCCAAGCAAUGAGCCAGCUACCGCGUCGUCGCCUCCUGAGUCGCCUCCUGAGACACCUACUGAGACGCCUACUGAGUCGCCUCCUGAGACGCCUACUGAGUCGCCUCCUGAGACGCCUACUGAGUCGCCUCCAGAGACGCCUGCUUCCACAGUCAAGUCGGAAUCGAACAAUCCUGCGAGUAGCCCAAGCGAUACGCCGGCUACUACCUCUUCUGACACCGCGCCGUCACCUAGUGAAACGCCUGCUGAGGCUGACCCCAUUGCUAAGGAAGAGCCCCAGACUGACGCUCCUACUAAAGAUGGUGAGGAAAAGCAGGACGAGCAGGAGAAGGAGAAGCCAAUGACGACUGACGAGUCCAACGCGGACAGAAAAGAUGACAAGACCGAGGCUCUUGGCAAACCUUCAAUAAACGACAAGUGCGGGGUGCGUCGCCGUCAUGUUAUGCUGACGGAGACCACUCAGUAG